GACCGGCUACUGGAGGACCCCGGCCUCUUUAUACUAUGGCUUCUCCUACCAAGGCAGUAAUUGUCCCCGGAAAUGGAGGCGGCGAUGUGGCCUCCCAUGGCUGGUACGGCUGGGUGAAAAGGGAGCUGGAGCAGAUAUCUGGUUUCCAGUGUUUGGCUAAAAACAUGCCUGAUCCAAUUACAGCUCGAGAGAGCAUCUGGUUGCCCUUCAUGGAGACAGAACUUCACUGCGAUGAAAAGACCAUCAUCAUAGGCCACAGUUCUGGGGCCAUUGCAGCCAUGAGAUAUGCAGAAACACAUCAGGUAUAUGCUAUCGUGCUAGUGUCUGCAUAUACCUCAGACUUGGGGGAUGCAAACGAGCGUGCAAGUGGGUACUUUAAUCGUCCCUGGCAGUGGGAGAAGAUCAAAGCUAAUUGCCCUCGAAUCGUGCAAUUUGGCUCUACUGAUGAUCCUUUCCUUCCCUGGAAGGAACAGCAAGAAGUGGCAGAUAAGCUGGAAGCAAAACUGCACAAAUUCACUGACCGUGGUCACUUUCAGAACACAGAGUUUCAUGAACUGAUUCAUGUGGUAAAGUCUAUGUUGAAAGUAGCUGCAUAGACAGGCUGAUUUCUGCUAUUAUGUGCCUCCAGUAAAGAUAGAGCAAUGAUCGGGUUACUGCUAGGUACUUUGAGGUGAUUACUAGACACAAAAUAGAUCAAAUUAAGUUUUUUUUUUAAACAUCUCUUAACUUUGGAACUGGAGAGAUAGUAAAGCGGGUAAGGCACUAGCCUGGCAAGCCAGGUUCUAUUCCCAACAUCCAUACAGUUUGCGAACAUUAUAUAGUUCGCAAAUGUUAUCAGGAGUGAUCUCUUGAGUGCAGAGCCAGGAGUAACCUCUGAGCAUUGCCAGAUGUAGCCCAAAACAACACAAAAAUUAAAAAUGCCUUAAAAACAAGCACAAGUUUCAGUAUUCAAAGAUUUGGGGGGGGGGGGUGUUGGGGGCCACACCCAGUGUCACUCAUGACUCUGCACUCAGAAAUUGCUCCUGGCAGGCUCGGGGGACCAUAUGGGAUAGCAGGAAUCAAACUUGAGAUUGAACCCAGGUCACCCACAUGGAAGGCAAACUCACUACCACUGUGCUAUUGUAUUGCUCCAGCCCUUCAGUGUUCAUAGUUUAAUUUACAAAGAGCAUUCCCAUUUCCUGUUGAAUCAACAUUUCCACAGAUUGCCAUAAGCUAACUAUAGCAGUAGUUUCCCAAGAGAUAGGGGGCAUAAGGAUUGCUUACCCACACAUAAGAGAAAUGAAUCCCUGGCUUCUUGACUCACAGUCCAGAUUAAAACAAAAUAGGCGUUGGCUAUAUUGUAGGAUUUGUAUUCCUCUUUGAGAAAUU